UGACGUUGAAAAAGGUGCGCCGGCCCUGAGACCGGACGGCUUCGCAAGGGGUUUGAAUCGGAAAGCGCGGGAGCGGCCUGGGCCGGAGGCUCCCGGCCACUGAGAGGGAGAGAGAGAGAGAGAGAGAGGCUGGGGAGACAUGGAGCAGCUCCCAGACUUCUGGUUCAUCCGCAAGGUGUUCAGCUGGCGAGCAGCAGCUGCAAUUGCUUGGUCUGUCCUGCUGUUGCCUGUCUCCACAACUGUGUUUAUACUGUUUAGUAGACUGAAUGUGUUCCAUCCUAUCGAGUGGAUUACAGACUCGCUGAAUCACCUGAACAAUUCCUAUAUAAUCUUUGCAAUUCUGGUGUUAUGUGGAGUCAUAGUGACUAUUGGCAUCUUCAAUAUGGAAUUUUAUACAGUGGAGCCUUCUAUUCCGUGCAGUCGGAUUGCACUCAUAGGGAAUGUGUUCCACCCUCAUCGGUUUCUCCAUUCAGUCGUGCAUGCAGUGGUGGGGAUGUUGAUGGCAUGGUGUGCAGCAGUCAUAGCUGGGGGACGCUAUCAGUUGAUCAGUGUACCUUGUUCAUCUCAGGACAGCUCAGCACCCAGCAGCCACAUGUGCCUGAACGAGUUCCACGUUUUCUUACUGAUGGAAGGAGCCUUUAUAGGAUAUAGUUAUAGCCUUCUGUAUUUUAUUAACAACUUCAAUUAUUUAUCUUUCCCAAUUUUGCAGCAAUUCAAGUACCCACGCUUCAAAGGAAACCUGUCUUUGGUUAUUAAGUACAGUGCUAUGCAGUCUCUGUAUUUUCUCAGGAACUACUGCAUCCUUUACUACUUCCUAGGUUAUGUUCCAAGGGCCUGGAUAAGUGCCUCAACAACCCUUCAAAGAGACAGCACACAGCAUUCCCUGGAUACCCUGACUGGACUGUUUGACUUGCCGCUGCUCUGCAUAACCUGGCUAAGUGGUACAUUUCUCUUGAUCACCUGGUACAUUACGUGGUUGCUGUUUAAAAUCUUCAUCACUGAGGCAUCCCAAUUUCCUGUGCAUUCCUCAUUUGGAGAGGAGGCUGAUCGAUGUCUCCCUAAAAUCCUAACCAGCAAUGUUUCCCCCUGUGUAAAGUAUCUAGCAUUGCAAGACUUGGCCUUACUUUCCCGGUAUUCAGCUUCUCGAAGACAGGAGGUGUUCAGCCUUAGCCAGCCAGGUGGCCAUCCUCAUAAUUGGAUAGCCAUAUCAGGUGAAUGCUUAGCCUUGCUAAAUGACCUAACGCAAAAGCUAACGGAGUAUCAAGAAACUGUUGCUGCUAAUGGUCGGAUUAAGCCGUAUCCGAUUUCUGGGGAAGGACGCCUGUCAAGCACCUCAGGAACCUCCUGCCUUGAAGAGCCUGCCAGCUACCAGCCUUCCUUACGGACUCCACUCUCUACCUAUCAUCCACAGCAGCCUCUGCCAUCAUCAUUGAUCAAGCCUUCAGACACGUUCAGGAACUUGCUUGGCUUCCCCUUUGCAUCAGAUCCCUCUAGUCCUUUGGGCUCUCCAUCUGUGAGCCGCAUGAGUGACAUGUUAGACUUGGGCUCUACCCACUACGGCUCUUUCCAGAGUCCUCUCAAAUUGAGGAAGGGACCGAAGCUUUGGACCUCACCUUCUACUUCGUCAGAGUACCCAAUGAACACAAGUGAAUUUGUUGGUCAAGCUGCUCAUGUCAAUGCCAGAACUCCUGAAGUGACUAAACACAGUGCCAUUUCAGAAUGGAUGCUUCAGAGACAAGAUCAGGUUAAGACUUUCUUGUCGAAACGGGGGCUGGUAAUGUAUUUAUUUAAAAAGCUUCCAGAAGCUUCAAGUCAGGCUUUGUUUGCCAACAGUCAAGCACAUAUAUGGGCUCUUGAAGGCCUCUCUCAUCUUGUAGCAGCCUCAUUUACAGAGGACAGAUACGGUGUAGUACAGACAACGUUAUCAUCCAUUCUGUGUGCCAUGCUCUCUCUUCAGGAGGCUGUGGACAGACAUUUUAAACUGCCUCAUGCCUCCAGCAAACCAGCUAGAUCCACUGGCACUCUGAUAGAUUCUUCUUACAAGACACUGAGGUUUGCCCUCCGUGCCUCCUUGAAAACUGCAAUUUACAGGAUAACCACUACCUUUGGAGAACAUUUAAAAGCUGUCCAGCUUUCAUCAGAACACAGAAAAAAACUGCAACAGUUUCUGGAGUAUAAAGAGUGAAGUGAUUGAAGUUUUGUUUCCUCCCAGACCUGAUACUACUCAGUGCGGAGACUUUAUAAUCCACUUCCAACCUUAUCCUUUUUUUCCCUGAAGUUCAUUUUUUUGUACCCUGCAGCAGUAUAGGAUUAUUUUCUGUUUGGAACCUUAAUGAUCCUGAGAUUUCUGUUUUCAUUCAGUAUACAUUUUGGAUUUUUUUCCUGGGGUCUUUUUGGCCUAUUUUUGUACAUCUUUAUAGAGAGAGUCUGUGUGUUUGUAAAGAGCCAGUAUUUUUUUUUGUUGAAAUACUGUUUUAAAUUACAUGUGAUUAAAUCAGAACUUAAAUAUUUUUGACAGCUGUACCUAUUCAAAAGUCUAAAUAAAUAUUUGAAAUUAA